AUGGAUGUUGCAGCUCAAGUUGGAAAUCUGGACAUCCUGGCAUUUUUUUGGCGCCACUACCCGGUCGCGUGCUCGCCUCGCGCCUUUGUCCUAGCCGCGCAAAAGGGAGAUUUAAACGUGGUUAAAUGGCUGUAUGAACACUACCCGGAACAGCUCCAUCCUGACACGUUGGCACAUGCGGCUGGGAUGGGUCACCUCGCCAUCGUCCAAUCCACUUGUGCGUGUAACCCCGUUACACAAUGGCUUACCGGCCUCAACGUUCCCACCACAUCCGACGCCAUGGACUGGGCCGCAUCCUGUGGUCAUCUUGCCGUUGUGGGUUGGCUGCAUGACCACAGACAAGAGGGAUGCACAAUUCGCGCGAUGGACUACGCCGCUACAGGCGAGCAUAUCGAUGUGGUUCAGUGGCUACAUAACAAUCGGCACGAAGGUUGCACAACCCAAGCGAUGGACGGUGCUGCUGGGAGCGGGCAUUCUGAUGUCGUUGUCUUCCUUCACGAACAUCGCCACGAAGGGGCUACUGUCGACGCGAUGGACGGCGCAGCGGCUGGCGGCCACAUUGCUAUGGUACAGUGGUUGCACGCUAACCACUUGGAGGGAUGCUCGCGUGCAGCGAUGGACAGAGCUGCAGGGACUGGUAAUCUCGAGAUUGUGCGGUGA